AUGGCAUGUUCCCUACAAGCCAAUGCCACGGUGUUCUUCGCUGUCCGAACUCGAGGCAACAUCUACGAGUUGGGGAAGGUGCAUCUGCUGGCCCUCCAGUCGGAUGCCGAGCUUCUCACAGAGACCUUUAAUGAAGAGCUCCAGCGCAGUGUUCGCCCCAAGCUCCGCCGCGCAGCCCCACGCAGGGACGACGCAGAAGAGGGUGCACCGGACCACGAGCCCCUGCUUGUAAUGGAGGGCGGUAUCCAUGAUAGUGUCCGAACGGAUUCCAGUUUGGGCUAUCCCGUCUACGAGGCCUGA